AUGGAGAUUCUUCUGACUCUCUGUUUACUCUGGUGUAAUGUGGGUUACGGGUUCCAUCAGUUUGACGAUGCUGACUUUGGAGUGGUUAAGAUGUAUCCUCAGGAAAAGGGCGGAAAAUCACCGCCAGAACAGAACUGCACAUCGGAUAUCAUGAUUAUCGAUAAAUUGCUCAACGGCACUGGAUAUAACAAGUUCAAGGUCCCAGGUAUCCCAACCAUCUUUUAUAUGUAUAAUAACUAAUUAUUCUCAGUUCAAACCGGGGUUGACGUCGCCGUGGAAUUCUGGCUUCAGGCGAUUACUUCCAUUGAUGAAAUUACAAACGAUUUUGAGGUAACAGAUAUUUUUAGUUGUCAAGUCUUCAUUUUUAGAUAAGAAUUACACUACAGAACUAUUAUUACAAUUAAAUUUUAGAUGGAUAUGUACAUAAACGAGGUUUGGGUGGACCCAGCCCUCAACUUUGAGCAUCUUUCGCCCUGCAAACAAAAUCUUUCUAUAUCACAUCAGGUGUUGGACAAGCUUUGGACCCCUAAUUCUUGUUUUAUCAACUCCAAAAUUGCUGAAAUCCACAACUCGCCCUUCAGGUAAUCCAAUUACGCGGAGUUUCAUAACUUUAUUGAAUUUAGAAACGUCUUCCUUAUGUUGUAUCCGAACGGAACAGUUUGGGUAAAUUACGUAAGUGUAAUGCGGAAGCCAUCGAUACGUGAAACAUACAAAUUUAGAGAGUUCGGGUAAAGGGACCGUGCAAUAUGGAGUUAUCCAAUUUCCCCAUGGACACACAGACUUGUCAUCUCAUCUAUGAAAGGUACAAAUAUUUCGAAACAGAACGCAACAUUUUCAAAUUUAAAAAUUACGAAAAUUAAAUUUGGACGGAAUGUCACUAUCGAUUUGUGGGGAGAAAUCCGUCACAAUUAAAAGAUUUAUUUUUCCAGCUUUAAUUACAACAACCAGGAGGUUCGAAUGAGAUGGAAUCCGAUGAAUGGGAACCCUGUUUAUGCAAUUGGCUCUAUUCUUUUGCCUGAUUUCGAUUUGAUAAGGAUUGAAGCUGAACUGAGAAUCGAGGUUGGCCUUUCUAGAUUAUUGGCCAUAAAGAUUUAAUUUUAAGCCAUAUCCAGCUGGAAUGUGGGAUGAAUUGCAUGUUCGAUUGUCAUUUGGCCGUAGAUCUGUUUGGUAUUUUAUGCAGGCAUAUGUCCCUUCUUAUCUCACAAUCUGCAUAUCUUGGGUUUCGUUUUCUCUCGGAAGCAAAGCAAUCCCUGCUCGAACAAUGCUGGGAGUGAAUGCUUUGUUAGCCAUGAUCUUUCAAUUCGGAAAUAUAAUGAGGAAUCUCCCAAGGGUCUCUUAUGUCAAAGCAAUUGGUAUGUUCCUGAUAUUAUUAGCAUAUAUUUUUAUUUAUUUUAAUCUUAGAUGUCUGGAUGCUAGGAGCGAUGACUUUUAUCUUCUUAUCUCUUCUCGAACUGGCUGUGAUUGGAUAUCUGGUCAAAGAUGAAGGCGGGGUCAAGAAACGACCGGUAAUUUGCAAGAAAAGGGUAAGUUAUCGUAUCCAUACGAACGCAACAACUAAUAAAAUAAGAUAACGAGCGUUUUGAAUAAACUCAAUUCAUCUUCUUUAGCUUUCCGAGUCUCCACCAACUUCGCCUCGAGGCAUUUGUGGGUAUGAGAAAAGAUUUAUGUUCCCGGUACAGAAAUGUGAAUUGGCUUGGACCCAGCGGACAGUCCUUUGGCUUCCUAAAUUCUCGUUCAAACCCUGGACUCCCAACGAGAUCGACAAGUUCUGCAGUAUCGCCUUCCCUGCUUGUUUUACCCUCUUCAACGUAAGUGUCCAAGAGUGUUUUACCCUUUUUUCCAGAUUGCCUAUUACUCUUACUACUUGACCAGAGCGGGGGCUUCGACUCAGACGACAUGA